UGCGGUAACAGAGAUGUUUCGAAUGCAUGACUACGACCCGUGAAAGUAUCCUGAGCUGUCAAUCUCUGAAAUUGGAGGUACGAUUGACAUGCAAAGCUUCUGAAGCCCAGAUAUAGAAAUGGACUCGGUGGCAUCAGAUAGUCCUAGUUGCAGUAGUAGGCAAGCUUUCGAGAGAACAAGCAGGCGGCCUCAGGAGUGACAGUCGAGGACAAAGGAUGUCAUUGAUGCAGCUCCAACGACAAACGCAGGAGAAAUUUCGGGAAAUAUGGCAUCGUCAAGCUGCUGCUGAGGGAGAAGACUCUGAGUCUCACAGAGAAGCAGAUGGUGAUUUGGCCUCAUUUGCUGGAGACCUUGAGAAUCUUCUGGAGGCUGAGGAAGCCGACGAUGGAGAAGAGAGGAAAGGCAGGACAGAUGGUAUGAGAGGUCGACGGGAUUUGCACGCUCAGAAUGAGGAAGAAAUGGAAGACGAAGAACUCGAAGCAGCCGAGCUUCGCCGCAUGCUUCCGAAAGAUGACAAGGCCGAGGAGGACCAGAAGAAAUGUGCGACUGUGAGCAAUGAAAAGCAGGUUGCUCAGCCCAAAGAGGCGAACGAUGCUGGAGCAGAAGCAUCAGCCUCACCCGCUAAAAAGAAACGAAGGAUUUUGAAACGAAUCCUUCGCACGAAGAAGCCAGAUGGCACCUACACUUGUAGAGAGAUUAUUAUCGAUGAUCCGAAGGAGGUCGCUCUCUAUCUAGCCAUGAUGAAUUCAUCGGAACUGCCUGAUCAGAAGGCACAAGGGGACAAAGCAAAUGUACCUCAACAAGGUGCCGCCAAAUCGAAGACUGCGAAGACGCCCCUUGUAAUCAAACAUGAGGCAAAACCGAAGGCACCGGCGAAGAAAGCUACACGCGAAGGAGGAAAAAAUAAAAGGAAUUUUGUCUGUGGCGCUUGUGGCCAGCUUGGACAUAUGCGAACGAACAAGAAAUGCCCACUGUACAUGUAACAUCGUCACGGGAGUCUACAGCGACACGACCACUCUGAUUUAUUUCGUUGAAAGAGAUGAAUUUAAACUGAUUUCCUCGAUAGUGCGUCGAAGUAUCGAGCAGAUGGAGUGAUCCGAGUCCAGUAAGGCAGUGGAGUUCGAGGGAUUUUUGUAAUCUCGAUGCAUCGAACUUUCUUAGAGUGUCAACGAGGCCGGCUUUGAUCUUACCAGCUGCUCAAGGUGCAGGUAUUUACUCACUUCAGUUCUGAAUCGACGGGUUUCAUUCGUGGAAAAGGGUGGGCUGUCAAGGACUGAUGCCCGUCUGGAGAGUCCAGAACAAAAGAAGCGCUAAUGUAUCUGCAAGAUCCGUCGGAUCAGGAUUGUGCAAUUGGAUCUGCACAUAUCGCAGUAAAAGCCUGGUCCACUGCUCGACUUGAGGUUAUUCCAGUUCCCAAUUAUUCCAUGACUUGAUUUCUGCUACCUUUUGAAUGCUGCACCUUUCGAUCACAGCUUGUCCAAACUGGUUCAGAAAACUCGCCAUGCUGCAACCUACACAAGAAAGAUCGCCUCGCGGAGCCAAACAGAAAUGGGGUUUUCAGGAUCCCAAAUUAGUAGUCAAAGUCAGAGGUCGCGUUCAUGCUGCAGAAUGUCGUCUGUCGACACCGUGGAGCAGGCUUGACAUUGUUGGCAAAUGUAGGAUCGGCCCACUCGAUCUCUGAAAAUCUCUAAUAUCAUUUCAGACCCUGCAAGUUAAGCUAAUGCUAAACAUUUGAACCGCUGUGGACUUUCUUUCUCUUUAAUCACCUGCGUAUGAGGAGUCUGAGUAAGCCCUGGAAAGUUCUAGAUUUGUUCAUGCCAGAAAAUCCACACAAUGUGAUUAGAACUGGUUCACAAUCCAGCAGUUACUUGUCCUUCCACUAGAUUCGACUCAAAGCUCGACGAUAUGAGUCUGUGGCGAAACCGACGGCAGUUGAUCGAAGAGAUUAUAAAACUAUCUUCCAAGGACUUUGACUAUUUAUAUUUACUCGAUCCGUGAUCGGUCAAACUCAUACGUUUCA